UUGAACUUGAAAACCGCCAGAAAGUCAUCGUCGGCAGCGGAUUUUUAACGUAUCAUCGAAAUGCUGGCGAAACUAGCUUUUUUCUACACCGUGUUGCGAUACGCGAGCUGUAGUUACCCUUUCGACACGGUGGACCAGUACGUGGACCAAUUUGAAAAACAACUGGGAAAAUUCAAACAACAAUGCCUGACGAAUUUCGAAUUUAAGGAGAGAUAUUUGUCGCUCGAGGUCGACAACGCAACGGAUAUUAUCGAUUUGGGAGAGUACGACUUCGUCAUAGUCGGCGGCGGUACUUCCGGAUCUGUAAUCGCCAACAAACUGUCGGAGGUACCAGAGUGGAAGAUAUUGCUACUGGAGGCCGGCGACAAUCCUCCCGAAGAAGUCAAGGUACCAUCCAUGUAUAAUUAUUUAAAAAGCGGAAGAUACACCUGGGGAUUUGCUACAACCGCCCAAGAACAUUCUUGCCUUGGCAUGAACGAUCGUAAAUGCGCCGUGCCCGUACCCAAGGUACUGGGAGGCUCGAGUUCCAUCAACUCCAUGAUUUACACGCGGGGCAACCCAAGGGACUACGACUUAUGGGCGGAUAUGGACCUCAAAGGCUGGUGCUGGGCAUCUAUGCUUCCCUACUUCAAAAAACUCGAAGACGCCCACCUAGACGAUAAAUGCGACAACAAGUAUCACCGCUAUGGAGGGCCAGUGCACGUGGAACACCCCAGACACAGAUCGGAACUGCUGCAUCACCUGCUGAAAGCCGGAGAAGAAGUGGGCAUGAAAGAAAUCGAUCUGAACGGAAAAGAACACAUCGGAUUCGGCGUCCCGCAAUUGAUGGCCAAAGAAGGGAAAAGAAUCGGGGUCGUCGACGCAUAUCUAAAACUCUGCGGACAAAGGAAGAAUCUAGAUGUCAAACUUGGAAGCGAAGUAUUGAAAGUGAUCGUCGGAGAACACACUAAAGAGACCAGCGGUGUCGAAUUCUUGCACCAAGGACAACUCUACUCGGUAAGAGCGUCGAAGGAAGUCAUCUUAAGCGCAGGUGCAAUCAACACGGCAAAACUUUUAUUAUUAUCCGGACUGGGGCCUAAAGAAGACUUGGACGAAGUUAAAGUAAAUCAUCUAAUUGACUUGAAAGUCGGUCGCAAUCUUAAAGACCACGUGAUAUUUAAUGGUUUAUCGUACAUGCUAAACCAGACGGAAAGCAAGCCGCCGUGCGAAUACAGCGAGAGCACGGACUACCUCAGAAACGGCAAGGGGCCUCUAACUUCUCCAGGAAUAGAGCUGAUUGGUUUCAUCAAAACCAACCGGUCCAAAGUAAAACAAGACGCCCCGGAUGUGGAGAUUUUCGUCACCAAAGAUAUCUACGAGCAGCGGUUAGUCAACCUAAGGUUGAAACCGGAUUUACAGGAAACCCUGUUCACCUCGCCUCAGCACAAACAAGGAUUCACCCUGAACUUGAUGCUGUUGCAUCCAAAAUCGAAAGGGUCUCUCAAACUCAAGGAUAACGAUCCCCUGUGCCAACCGGAUAUCGACUUGAAUUCCCUUUCCGACGAAGACGAGGAAGACAUUGACACUCUUCUGGCAGGAGUCAGACAAGUCCAACAACUCAUCGAGACGGAUGAGGUUCAAAAACUGGGCGUAAAGGCCAACUACAAGAAACUUCCAGCAUGCAAUAAACACGAAUUCGAUUCGGACGACUACUGGAAAUGCGCGAUCAGGCACUUGAGUUCUAACGCUGGUCACGUAACUGGAAGUGCUCGAAUGGGCUCGCCCAACGAUGAACGAGCGGUCGUUGAUUUGAAGCUCAAAGUACACGGCGUGAGUGGGUUAAGGGUGGCAGAUGACAGCGUCAUUCCUGUCACUAUAUCGGGACAUCUCACGGCGUUAAAGCUGGCUAUUGGUGAAAGAGCUUCCGAGUUGAUUUUAGAGGAAUGGCUUAAAUGAUGGAUAGCUAGGGAAUGUAAAAAUAUAACAUUAUAUCGUUUUUUUACUUGGACUGAUCCUGUUUACAACGUUUUCUAAUCAAGCGCAAUUUGUGUGAAACUGAAACUGAAAAAUUCAAAUUCAACACGACUAUGUUCAACGUUGUUUACUAAAUUCGAUAUUUAAAAACUAAGAGUGUCCCAUUUUGCGGAGUAUCUCCGUUAUUUUUAAAUAUAGAGUUGCGUUUCUUGACGAGAAUAUGAAAUUAAAAAAGCCGUUUAAUAAUUUUAAAUUUUUGAGCCUCUUCCUAUUUCAGUUAUUCUUUUACACAUUGAACAUUAUACUAUUCCCCCUAUUUUUUAAUUGUAAACCGAAUUUUAAUAUGUUUAUAUAUAAAAUACAGACCAUAAAAUUUGUAUUUUCUACCUUUCGGAGAAAUAUGGAUUGCACCUUUUUUCACAAUCACAAUUUUUUUGAAAUUAUUGAUAUUUAAUUUACUUAUGAUAAAAAUGUCAACACAGACCACUAAAGUAGAUCCGUAUUCAAGCAAACCUACUCUGAAUUAAUGAUAAAGGCUUUCAGGUAUAGAUAUGUAAUAUAAUAGUAAUAUUACGUAAUACGAAAUAUCUCUAAAAUUUUCAGAGAUUAUACUAUCUAUACUAAUUAUACUAUUUAAAAUAAGAAAAUGGUUAGUUGUCCACGAAAUUAAAAACACCUCGCAUGUAUAUACAGGGUGUUUCAAAACAAAUGCGAAAAACUUAAAGGUAUGAUUCCUUGUUUAAAAUAAAGGGUAAUUCGUUAUAUAAACGUUGGGUCGAACGCCAACUGUUAAGGGUCCCAAUAAGGUCGAAAGGUUCACGGUUGGUUUUACCCUUUUGGGAUGCGAAAUGGUAAAAAAACGAACACGAAAGGCAAACGACCCACUGUGAAGACUAACCGCAAGCUCUCGUGUCGUCGGUUCCGCCACUCGCCGGACCACGCGGAAUUGUCUUAUUGAAUCUCAAUGUCAAAAACUUCCUAUUUUUCCUGUGCGGUUGCGCACAAGCCGUCACAUGAGUUACGCGGGAUUGAGAGACUGGGUGAACGAGCAAAUUUAAAUUACCGAUCCCAAAAGGUCUCUAACCCGACUUUUGUGAGUUAAAAGGACUAUUGAAAAUAGAAACAAUGGAUUCUGAACACCAACCAUUAUCACUAUAUUGCGCUACAAAUAUGGUGGAAAAAUAAUAAUAAAAUCUAGAGCAAUGCAUAACAAGAA